AUCCCCCCGCCGCAGAAGGUGCUCUUCCCGGCCCACAGCCUCUCCAUGAAGUGGGAGCGGGUCCACAGAGUGGGCGCCGGGCUGAGCAACCUGGGGAACACCUGCUUCCUGAACUCGGCGCUGCAGUGCCUGACCUACACCCCGCCGCUCACCAACUACCUGCUGUCCCGGGAGCACGGGCGCACCUGUGCCCAUGGAAGCUUCUGCAUGAUGUGCACUAUGCAGAACCACACGAUUCAGGCUUUUGCCAACAGCGGCAAUGCAAUAAAGCCACUCUCCAUCAUCCGAGACCUCAAGAAGAUUUCCCAUAACCUGCGCUUCGGCAGGCAGGAGGAUGCACACGAGUUCCUGCGCUACACCAUCGAUGCCAUGCAGAAGGCCUGCCUGAAUGGCUACACCAAGCUGGAUCGCCAGACCCAGGCCACAACUCUGGUUCACCAGAUCUUCGGCGGUUACCUGCGCUCCCGUGUGAAAUGCUUGGAGUGCAAGACUGUCUCGGAUACCUACGACCCUUACCUGGACGUGACCCUGGAGGUCGAGCGAGCCGCAAACAUCGUGCGGGCCUUGGAGCUCUUUGUGAAGCCAGAGCAGCUGGGUGGGGACAACGCCUACAGGUGCAGCAUGUGCAGGAAGAAAGUGCCAGCCAGCAAACGUUUCACCAUCCACCGAGCCUCCAACGUUCUCACCAUCUCACUGAAACGCUUUGGCAGCUGCGGCCCUUCAGGUGGAAGGAAAAUCACCAAGGACGUGGGGUACCCUGAGAUCCUGGACAUCCGGCCGUACAUGUCGGAGCCCAAGGGCGAUCCCAUCACGUAUGGGCUCUAUGCAGUGCUGGUGCACUCUGGCUACAGCUGCAACGCUGGGCACUACUUCUGCUAUGUGAAGGCCAGCAAUGGGCAGUGGUAUCGAAUGAAUGACCACGAGGUGCACCCCAGCAACAUCAAGGUGGUUCUCAACCAGCAGGCCUAUGUGCUGUUCUACCUGAGGCUGGGCAGCCCCAGGAAGAGCUCAGCAGGGCCCGUGGCCACAGCUGCCUUCAGCCCACCCAGCUGCCCUGCCAGUGACUCCAAACCAGUGAAGAAACCUGCCACUAACGGGACCCUGUGUGUGCCACCCAUGGGCCCGAAACAAGACAAGCUGCUGGGGAAGGGGCUGCCAGCCCCAGGUGAUGUUGGAGUCCCUGUUGCCCGCAGCUCUCCUGGGAUGGGGUCAAAGCUGACAAACGGAGUUGCUCUGUCAAAGCUUCCCUUUCAGACCCCAUCAUCCAAACUGCCCCACAAAGGCACCCACGAGGCCGCUGUGCUGGGCUGUGACACAGCCCAGAGGCCCAAGAAGCUGCAGGCACCUGGCAUGCCCAGAGCAGGCUUCCAUGCCACCAGCACCAUGUGCAGGGCCACAGCCGGGCUGCCCCCACAGGGCUCGGGCAGUGAGAAGGCACCUACCUCAUCCCAGCUGCUGAAGUCCAGCCAGGAAACCAGUGCCUGCGGGGCCAGGACCCUGAAGAAGAAUUCCUGGGGCAGCACAGCAGGGCAGCUGGCCAAGGAGAGCCACGGGGCCCGGAGCAGUUCCAGCAGCUUCUGCCCCUCUCAGGGAAGGGACUGUGGCACCCCCCUCCCUGCUGGCCCUGGCACCAAGCCGGCUGUCCCCAAAGACUCUGACCUGGCUGUCCCCAGGAGCUCUGGGGCAGCCCCUGUGAAGCCCUCCCCGCUGGGCAGCACUGCCCUGCAGUGGGGCAGCACCACGGCAGCGCUGCUGGCCAGGAAACCNAGACCUGGGCACUUGAUCCGAGCCAAGGCCGUCUCUGCGAAGGAGGUGGAUUCGGGGAAUGACAUAUACGGGAAUCCCAUCAAACGCAUCCAGUAUGAAAUCAAGCAGAUCAAGAUGUUCAAGGGCCCCGACCAGGACAUAGAGUUCAUCUACACGGCUCCAUCCACUGCCGUGUGCGGCCGGCUGCUGGACACCGGCGGGAAGAAGGAGUAUCUCAUUGCAGGCAAGUCAGAGGGCAAUGGCAAGAUGCACAUCACGCUCUGUGACUUGGUGUCCACCUGGGACUCGCUGACCCCAACCCAGAAGAAGAGCCUAAACCAGCGGUACCAGAUGGGCUGCGAGUGCAAGAUCUCGCGCUGCCUCUCCAUCCCCUGCUUCGUCUCCUCCUCGGAUGAGUGUCUGUGGACAGACUGGGCGAUGGAGAAGAACAACGUGGACGGGCGGCAGGCGAAGCACUACGCCUGCAUCAAGAGGAGCGACGGCUCAUGCGCCUGGUACCGCGGCAUGGGCAAAGCCUCUCAGAAGGUGAGCGUGAGUGAGCACCAGGCACAGCCCCAGCCCUCAGGCACCCAUCCUGCCUCCAGUCCCGGGCCUCUGGGCCAGUCCAGCCUGUCCCCAUCUGCUCUUGACCUUCCCAGUCCUGAAAAGUCAGCCUUCAGCUUCAUGCUCACCCUGCCUGCUCAGCACCCAGCCUCGCUGCUGACCCCUGGUUCCGCUGCCCACCCCUCACACCUCCUCCUUUCUGGCGGCAGGGACACGGGGGCUGGCCACCAACAGCCGGAGGGUUCCUUCAAAAGGAGGCGAAGGAAGAGGAAACAUCGUAGCACAGAGCAGAGCCCCUGUGCUGAGGCUGUGAAGGACGGGGAUGAAGUCUCCAGCCCUCCCAAGAAGGAGAGGAUUGUUUCUCCAGAGGGCUGCAAGGACAAAGAGUCCAGGCUCCCCAAGAAGGAGGGCACUGCCUCUCAGGACUCCGCUGAUAAAGACUCCAGGCCCCCCAAGAAGAAAAUUGCUGCUCCAGGGGACUUGGUGUCUGUCGUGGGGAAGGAGGGGGCACACGAGGGUCUCUGCCAUGGUCUGGCCUGUCAGGACAUGAAGAGUGGGCCCACACAACAUGUGCCAGAGCCCAGUACUGGCCUGGCCAUGGAGCCAGCCUCACCCCUCAAGAGGAAGAAGAAGAAGAAAAAGAAGAACAGGAGCAAAGACAGCCCUUUGAAGAAGACAGAAGAGUGCAGCUCUGGGGUGCUGUCCUCAGACAGCUCCAGGACAGCUGAGCCAGAGCCCUGUGGGACACAGCAGAGCCCAGUGGAGGCUGGAGAGCACAAGCACCGCAAGCGCAAGAGGAUGGAAAGCCUCAGCAGCCUGGCUGCCAGCACCGUCCCUGCCACCACUGCCACCACCCCAGUCAGGGAUCAGGGACUGCUCCUGCCUGCCAGGGUGCCCUUCCCCACUGCCCGCCCCGUCUGGGCUUCUGCCUGCCCUGCUCGAGUUACUCCUGGCUCAGCGAUCCCGGUGCAUGCAGGGCGGGUGAGCGGAGCUGUCGAGCUGCUCCUGCCCUGA